UGUUAAUACCUCAGCAAAUAAGUAUUAUAACUAUUUUGAUGCUAUACCACUGUACUUUAAUUGUUCGGUCUGGUUCGUUAACACGAUCUGUAUCACCAGAGCCAACUUCACCAAAUGUUAAUGAAACAGAUAAAUUUGUUACUUUGGUUGAUUCAAAGGCUAAACCCAUCAAAGUAUCACAACUCAUUGAAGCCCGAUUGUUACGUUCAUCAAAACGUGAAGUUUCAUUUUGGAAAGUCAUGGAGCAUUUGAGGGAUGGAGUUACGACGUUGCUUAAUGUUCCAUUAAUGUUUGCAUUGUCUUUAUUGAGAUCAGGACAAAUCGUUGACGAUGUUCUUAAGAAAAAUCCACUGAAACUAGAAGCGAUCGACUACUUUCUUUUACGUUUGGGCAAGUAUUUGAAAAACAGAAAUGCAAACAAUCCUUAGUGCGAUCUGUAGAUAAUAACAUGAUCGAAAUGAAAUUUACUCAAUGAGACUAUUUUGCUUCUGGUACCAAUUCAAAUCAAUCAAUUUUCUCAGUGCCUAUUGUGCAGUCGAAAUCCGAGCAAUAAGAUCAUCGGUGAACAGUCAAAUGAAAUAUUCAAACCCUCUCCGAUUCUGCAGUGAUUCAACUUUUCAUUGUUUCACAUUUUCACAUGUUAAUAAAAUCUAUUUAAUGUCUGAUGAAAUUGUUAUUAAACUAAAGUCUUUUUGAAAAUUA